AUGGGAGUGAAUGGCAAAGAGUUAUGGAGUUCUUUGAAUUUUAUGGAGAGUCUUCGUUUCUCUCCCAUAUUCCGACUGGCCCUCCGAACAAGUGAAGCCGAGGUGGAUCUCUUGCAAGCCCGUUACAAAGAGGCAGCCGAAAUGUUUACUCGCACAUCAAAGGCUGGAGAGGCAUUUGCCGAUGCUCUUAAUGGUCUGAGUCGUUGUUUAAACAACCUCGUGACACCGAGUCCCAAUCUUCCAAUCAGUAUUGAUCGUGAGGCGGAGGUUCAAGGCAUAAUUCGAUCUAUCUACACCUUUUCCAACCUCGUUGCCGACUUCUCCUCUCGCCUCACACAACCCAGCUACGUGCUGUUCCAGGCUGGCAUUAAACUGGAUGAGCUGCACCAGGCACGCAAAGAAUUCCAACGCGCCAACGAACAAGUUGACGUGGCUGUAAACAAGUCUGCUGGUGUUUCACGUAGUCGCACUUCAGAUGCUGAAGAGGCGGACACUACACUGUUGGACGCUCGUGCUGCUUACGCACGAGUCUCUGAAAGCUACCUCUCACUUCUCCGAAAUGUCCUUUGUCCUGUUCGACUAUCCACCGUCCUCCGAGCCACGAUCAGCACCUUCGAGAUCCAGCAAAACUACUCCAAUGGUGUGGCUUUACUUUCUCAAUCCGACGAUUGUGUCUCGGCGCUGAGAAACUCAAUCUCUACCUACGAUGCAGAGAUCUCCAAUAAACCUAAAUUCAUUACAAAUGGUGUAUCCCCAGCGCCUCCGUCAGAUCAGAGCGUCCGCUAUGAGGGAUACCUCUUCAAACGCAGCAAGAAGAAACGAUGGAAGACUUGGAUUCGACGAUGGUUCAGGGUGAAGGAUAAUCAAUUGAUCUACUUCUCCUCCCUCUCGGACACUUACACUAGCAUUACGUGGAAGGUUCUGGAACCCGAUUUACGUCUAUGCACCGCAAAGGCUAUUUCUUCGAAUUUUGGCAGUGGAGAGCCCCUCAUGGUGUCCUCGUCAGUCACCAACAUUACCGAGCGUCGAUUUGUGUUUGAGUUAAUUUCACCCACAGGAAAGGUGCAUUACUUGCAGGCGGAGUCCUCUGAGGCUAUGGAGAAGUGGGUGACAGUGCUCCGUACUGGCCUUUUGAAUUCUGCCACCAAUGGAGAGGCACGAGCGUCGAAUGCACUGACCGCCCCGUCUCUGACUGGCUCGAGAGACAGCUUGCGAAGUCUCAGUGGUGCUCUACUGCUUGACGAACCACCAACAGCCGGUAAUCGCUCAUGUGCUGACUGCCUCACCACUAACGAUGUCAAAUGGGCGUCUACAAAUUUGGGCGUCACGCUGUGCACGGACUGUGCUGCCUGUCAUCGAAGUCUUGGAGUUCAUAUAUCUAAGGUGCGUUCACUGACACUGGAUAACUGGGAGCCAGAGCUGUUGGAGGUGAUGCGUAACCUUGGCAACAAUUUGGUGGCCAACGUUUACGAGUCCAACCUACCCCCGCCUUCCGCACCGUCAUCACCAUCGGGAGCGUCAACACUGCCGCGUCGGCCUCAAGAGGGCGAGUUGAACGCGCAGUUGCGACGUACGUGGGUGGAGGCGAAGUGGGUGCGGCGUUUGUUCGUGCGCUCCUUUGUGCAGCCUAGUACCACAAUGUGGCUCCUUGACCUCUACCGCAGCUGGCUCCUACAGGCGCACUCCCGUCGAGCCUCCCGUCCCCACAACUCGCCACCGGGGUUCAGAACUGCUGUCGUCGCCAUUCUCACCACUCCUUCUGUCACAAUCUCCGGUCCUGUCACCUCUGGCUCAAGGAUCAUGCGGAUGCACCAUCCUCGCCUCAUCGACCGACGACGCUUCUCUACUGUUGUUCGGGGCUCCACUGCCCGCGCCCAAGUCACUCUCGACUCGGUAGUGUUCGGAGAGCCGCGCUCCUCGCCGUCAUCGCCGACGGAGAGCGUGCGGGAGAAGACAGCAGCACGCCUUGUGCUGGUGGCGGGCGCUCGCCUCGGUUGCGCCCCGCUCAUCCUCGCCGGUCUAGCACGCGGCGCCUCACCCAACGCCCUAUCCGUCGCUACCGAAUGGGCUCGCAUUUACCGACUGCCCCAACCUUCCGACGGUGAUCCUCUCGGUGCCCUCACUCCACCCCUCAUCUCCGCCGUUACUGGCGGACGCAUAGCUGCUUGUGAACUCCUCCUUACUAACGGGGCUGAUAUAAACGCAGUGGACCAGGACGGUAGAACGGCGCUGCACCAUGCCUGCAGUUUGCAGCGGGUACACCUGGUGUGCCUGUUGCUACGUCGACAGGCCAAUCAGGAAAUCCGAGACAAGGACGGUCGCCGACCUAUCGAUGUUGCUAUUGACACCGCUCACGCCGACAUCGUCACUCUCCUACGGCUCCAACCCCUCCAUAGUGACUCCAAGAUCAUGGACUCGGCAUUCUCGGCUGGUGGGAAGGACGACACGGCGAUCGAAGUGUUCCGCGAUUUCACUACGCGUGCCUACCACCUGGAGUGGGACAGUGAGGAGGAGGACUACCACGAGUCUUCUACACAGUCAAUGCCGCGGGAUCGACCGUGA